UAAACCCAACAAGAAGAGUGAGAGGGAACAUCACUGGUGCUUUACACUCACUACUUCUCUACAAGCGACGUUAUUAAAGGAAGAUAAUGCUCGCCUUCAGUACUCAGACAUUAACUUGUAAGAACCUACAGGAGUACUUGAGGUCCUUACCUAAGGACACGCUAGACAGGCUCUACAGACACCCCGCCACCUGCCUCGCUGUCUUCAGGGAACUUCCAGAAUUGAGCCGACAGUUCAUUCUGAGGCUCUUGUUCGUGACCAAACCCAUCUCACAAGUUUUGUUAGCCACAUGGAUCCCCCAGCACGAGCCAGGCAGAGACCUCGGAGACAUUGCUUCAGAGCACCGGCAGGGCACACAGGUCCUGCUUGACAUGUAUAUAUGGCAGGAAGUGAAGGACCACCAGGGUAAUAUGGCCAUCAAACUCAACAACACUUUUAGAGAGAAUCUUAAAGUGGCUGUGCUUGGAGGUGGAAAACCAUGGACUAUGUCUGCUGCUUUAGACCCAGAUCCACAUCAACGAGACAUCGAGUUUCUAGACAAAUAUGCAAUGGAUAGAUGGGAAAGUGUUUUGCAGUUCCUGGUGCAGCCUGGGCAGGGCCAGACAGCCAUCUCCCGAGAUGCCAUGCUCACACUCCUUCAUGCAGGCCUUAUUGAAAGCAGUGAUGAGUCGGACAACAUGCAGAUAACCAGCUCAGGUUUUCAGUUUCUCCUCCUUGACACGGCUUCACAAGUUUGGUUCUUCAUCCUGAAAUAUUUAGAGACCGUGACAGAGCGUGGCCUCAGCCUUGUGUCAUGUCUCACAUUCCUUUUUAAGCUGUCAUUCUCAACUCUAGGUAAGGAUUACAGCAUGGAGGGAAUGGAUAAUGAGCUUCUUACUUUCCUCCAACAUCUUCGGGAAUUUGGUCUUGUGUACCUGCGCAAACGAAUUUCUGGCAGGUUUUAUCCCACUAGAUUAGCACUGAACAUCACUGCUGGCCAAAAUAAGGGCACCAUCGAUGCCCACAAACAUGGUUAUCUGGUGAUUGAAACAAAUUAUCGGAUAUAUGCCUACACUGUUUCUGAGCUCCAGAUUGCACUUCUUUCUAUUUUCUCAGAUAUAGAGGGCAGAUUUCCCAACAUGGUGGUUGCAAGUAUCUCUCGUAGCAGUGUGCGUCGGGCACUCUUGAAGGGUAUUGGUGCUGAACAGAUUACAAGUUUCCUGCGGCAGCAUUGUCACCCCCAGAUGUUCAAGAACAGUCCAGUGGUUCCACGCACUGUGGCUGACCAGAUUAAACUGUGGGAGCUGGAAAGAGAGCGUUUGGAGUUCAGUGAAGGUGUCCUCUACAAGGAUUUUAUGUCUGUUCAUGACUUCUCCCUCUUAUCUAACUUUGCAUCCAGCAAAGGUGUUCUUAUAUACUCUGAUGAGAAGCAGAGGACUAUGGUAGUAACAAAGAAGGGACAUCCUGCCAUUAAGCUUUUCUGGAAAGAAGCACAAACAAACCAUAAAGAAAAUGCAGAUCUGUGUCAUACAGUGCUAGGGGAAUGGGACAAUGUCAGUUUUUUUCAAAGAGAGAACAACUCAAAUUCCCUGGGCCAAGAACCCUUCACCAUCAACAAGUACAGGUUUGAUAUUAUUUUUACUUUAUCACAUUAUGAACCCUUUAUUAUUUUUGCAUAUGUCACAAGUGUAAAUGUCCCUCUCCCUUGAAACCACCAUCAAAAAGACAGAUGGGAGCAGAAGAGUUCGCAUCCAUCCAGUGUUUAAUAGUUAAGGAUCCUAAGCUGCUGCAGGAGAGUUCCAGGAGGCAUGGCAUUUCUUUUAUGUCUUAGUAGCCUUGGGGGUAAGAUGACCCAACAAGUAGGAAGGUUAUUAUGGUAUAGUUGACUUGGAUGGUUUGCUCUCAAGGUAUAGGUCAAUGACUUCUUUCUCAUCUGUCUUCCAAUGUCUGCAUUACUUACCUUUAAGUUCAGUCAAAUAUUUUUAGCCUUAUUUCCAAAUUCUGGGAGAGUUUAUGGAACACUCCUACAGUCAGUAGGCCCUCCUAAAUUUAUCAUGUUAAAUACUCUCAGGUUCUUGAGAAAAACAUGAUAUACCCAGUUGAUUUCAAGGGUUGUGCCCUUGCAACCUGACUUGGAGCCAGGCUUCUCUGAUGAUUACCUGUUCCACCAGGUUGUUGCUAUUUAGAAGCAGAUACCAUGGUAAAUCAGAGCUUGAUUUGUCUGUCUGUGUCAUUAGCUGCAAGACUCCACAUUCAACUAACCUUUAUUGGCUUAACACUUUCCUUAAAUAUAAUCAAAGGUUCAACUUAUUGUCUUUCAGCAACAUCAUGGCACUUCCCUGAAUGGUGAAGGAUCAGUUGAACCUCUGGGUUGUUUGUCGUAAUUCCUAAGAAGACUGUAAAUAUAAUUAUUUAUUUUAUAUUUUUAUUUAAUAUAGCAUGUUAUGCAGUACCAUAUUAUUGAACACAUGCAUACAACUAGGUGAGUACAUGUGCGUGUGUAUGCACCUUUAUGUGGUUGCAGGGGUUGAGUCACAGAUCCUGCAUUUGUAUUUUUUUUUUCUUUGGUUUAUAACUAGAAUUUGCCAGCCUGGCUUAAUUUGCCUAUUUUAUACUGGUUGGUAAUGACCAUGUAACUACCAUGUGUUUACAUAAAUAUACAUUAAUAUGGGUAGACAGGUGGAAAAAAUAUACUUGGCAUUUUUUAUAUAAAAAACAAUGGGAAUAAAAAACUAGAUUGUAAACAAAUUUUUUAUUUUAUAUUUUUGACAUCUUAUGCAUAAUUUAACAAAAAAAAACUAUUAUACAGAGCAAACUGAGAAUGGUGAUACAUGAGAAAAUAAGAAAUUUAUUACCAUUUGUUACCAUAUAUGUACUGUAAUUACUGUACUUUUAAAGUAAGAAAAUAUAGUUUCACAGUUCACCAAUCAACUACUUUCCUGCCAACAACUUGCAAAACCAAUUUUGCAAAACCAAUUUUAGGUCAUGGUGCUAUAUAACCCAUGUUUAUUUAGCACUUAAAAAUACGUAUAUAUUGAAAAUAAUUAGGUCAGGAAAGAACUCUAUUGGUUACUGUAAAUGUUCUAUUUCUCUGUCCAACACUUUAUACUGAAAUCCGCACUUCUUACUCGUUCUUGUUCCCAACUAGAGGUAUAACAUAAACACGGAGAGGACUUUAACUACACAUUAUUAUACUUUGCAAAGGACAAAUAUUGAUGCUGUUGUACACACAAGAAUACAGUAUAUAAAUAAUCUUAUGAUUUUAAACUCUUAACCCUUAAACAGUCCAAACAGAUCGAUGUUCAAAUUCGUAGUGCUACAAAAGUAGAUUAUUUUUUUUUUACAUAUUUUCAAAUAUAACAAAAAAAAUAAUGUAGAUAAAAGUUUUUUUACACGUUUUCAAAUGUAAAACAAAAAAAAAAGAUCUACAUUUUUUUACAUACUUUCAGAUGUUGAAAAAAAACGUAUUUAUACGUUUGGACCAUUUAAGGGUUAAAUAACCAGUGUCAGAAAUAUAACUUGUAACAGUUUUUUAAACCAGAGUCCAGCACAAUACCUGCAGUAGAUGAAAGCUGGGUGUGGAGCCUAGCACUCCCCCCCCACACACAAGAGCUGGGUGUGGAGCCUGGAACCCCCACACAUACACCCGAGAGCUGGGUGUGGAGCCUAGAAUCCCCACACAUAUGAAAGCUGGAUGUGAAGCCUAGCAACCCCCAUAUACACACCCUUAUGCCAGGUUAUGGUGCUUUAAAAAUUGUGUAGUUUGUUUUAUGUAUCAAAUUAUUAAUUUAAAACAGACCAAAACAUUGUCUAAAAUUUCAUCUCCAAAUGUGGGGUAGUUGUGAAUUGUUUAAGGUACAGUACUGUAGAUUUAAUUCUCACUGGAAGUUAAUACUUGACCAAUGCAUUUUUGGGUAACAAACAUCUAGCUGCAGAAUUAUGAAUAUAGGAGAUCCUAGAACAUGAGGUAAGAAUGAUGAAUAUACAAUUAACUCCUUUUCCAAACAAAAAGCUCUGGCAUAAUGCUAGUGCUA